UUUAUAACAAAUAAUUGAAGUUGAUUUUGACCACUUUCCCCACACAUUAUAUUAUAGGUUCGGCGGUACGGAACUAAUAGAACUCUCUUUCUCUUAUCUCUACCGGCGCCGGAGAAAUUUACCGAUCAACAUAAUCUCGACUACUGCGACUGAGUUUGGUUAAACGACUCAAUUAGGGUUUAAGAUGGAGAGACGUGUCGCAAACGCCUAUCCUGGUCCUGCACCACCAGUUCCGUACUACCAUAACAACUACAACAACCCUCAUCAUCAUCAGAUUCAUCAGCCGCCGCCGCCGCAGCACCACCAUGUCACCGCCGUUGGAUUUCACCAAUAUCCUCAAAAAGACAACAGAGAUCAGCCUUUCCGUCAGCCGCAUUUUGAUAAUUAUUCCGGCCAACAACAACAGAACAUGAUCGUUGAUCAGAAUAAUAACGCUCCUCCGCCGUUUCCAUCUAGUCCUUGCGGUGGCAGCUUAAGGAAGAGACGGUCUCAAUCAGCUACAGAUACUGCUGAUGGUAGUAUUGCCAAGUUAUAUGUUGCGCCGGUCUCAAAGACAGCAACUGAAUAUGAUAUCCGUCAGGUGUUUGAAAAAUAUGGUAAUGUCACUGAGAUCAUUCUACCCAAAGAUAAGAUGACCGGUGAUAGAGCAGCUUACUGUUUUGUUAAGUACAAAAAGUCAGAAGAGGGUAAUGCGGCUAUUGCAGCUUUAUCUGAGCAGUUUACCUUUCCUGGAGAAAUGCUUCCAGUCAAGGUCCGAUAUGCUGACGCCGAACGGGAACGGAUUGGUAAGAGUUUUGCCACGGUACAACUUCCAGAUAAUCCUAAACUUUAUGUUAGAUGCCUCAACAAACAAACUACAAAAAUGGAAGUCCACGAGGUCUUCUCUAGGUACGGAGUCAUUGAAGAUAUUUAUAUGGCACUUGACGACAUGAAGAUUUGUCGUGGGUAUGCAUUUGUUCAGUUUUCUUGUAGGGAUAUGGCACUAGCGGCAAUCAAAGCUUUAAAUGGAGUCUUUACCAUGCGGGGUUCUGAUCAGCCUCUGACUGUUAGAUUUGCAGAUCCUAAAAAGCCAAGGUCUACCUUUAAUACUCCACCUGUAACGCAACACUACGACCCAAAUUGGCACCCACAACCAUAUUCCCAAUGGGAAAACAAGGAACCUGCAGCCCCUAGAGUCGUUCAGCAUCAUGAUUUUGCUUCACAGCCAAAUCACUUUCCGCACCAAAAUACUCAAGCAGUAUCCGAGGUUCAAAAACCACUGCAUCGAGAUAUUCCACCUCAAAAUUUUGAUAAGCAUCAGAAAUCUGAGACACCCAGCGUGGAGACUAGAAGUGAUGGUCAGAAGAUUUCUAGUCAAUCAAAUGCAUUACCUGAAGAUCAAAAUACAGUGAGCUCUGAGUGUGACUGGAGUGAACACACAUGUCCAGAUGGGAAUAAAUACUACUUCCAUUGCGUCAGUUGCGAAAGCACGUGGGAGAAACCGGACGAAUACUCCAUGUUUGAGAGAUGGUAUGAAGAGCAAACAAGGCAACAAGAGACAAAACUUGGAUCUCCCCCGUUAAAAAAUGAGAGCCAAGAAGCAAUGGAGCAAGUUCAGUCUGAUGAUGUAUUGCAACAGAAUACUAAACUCCAACAAGCAUCCUUAUCCACAGCGGAUGUGGAGAACAGUUUAGUAUAUUCAGUAACAACACUGGCUGUGGAAACUACAUGUCCAUAAAAGGUCUCAGCUUUGUGUGAUGAUGCAGUGUUGUUUAGGGAGACUAAGAGAUGAUGAGGGAGGGAGAAAGAAGGCGAUAUAUAUAUAUAUAUAUACAUGGUUUAGUUAGAAACCAAAGAUCUUGUGGUUUUAGAAUACAGACAGUAAAAAAAAAACUGGUUUCUGAACUAAAUGUUUCUUUAGAAACUUAUGAAUUGGAAAGAAAAAUAAACAAAACAUUGAUUCUGGUUUGGUAUAUAAAAAACCUAUUUUCACCUGA